AUGCCCCAUUACCCAGUUGACAGCCCCGACGGACAGUCUACCGUGACGAAGCUGGCACUGAACGAAAACACGCAGAAGCAUGUUGACGACUGGAGCCAGUAUGUCCGGGGAGGCUUUCCUACUCUACCAGUUGCUGUAGAGUCUGCUGAUGGCCAUAUCAUCACAGAUGUCGACGGCAAGAAGUACAUUGACUUUAUAGGUCAGUUCGCCGUGAUGAAUUUUGGGUACUCCAACCCCAAGAUCGCCAAGGCCGUUGCGGACCAAGUCUACAAGAUGCCCCUGAGCGGCACCUACCACAUCAGCCUUCUGUACACCGAGUUCGCUAAACGCGUGACCAAGAAAUUCGGGUUUGACUCUGUUGUUACCAUGCUGAGCGGCUCUGAAGCCGUCGAGUCUGCUGUCAAGACAGCGCGAAAAUGGGCCUAUUUGCGAAAGGGAAUUCCUCAGGAUCAGGCACACGUCCUGACUGUCGACCAAUGCUACCAUGGCUUGACUCUGUCCACUAUGCCCAUGGCUACUGUCUGUGCGAAGCACUUCGGCCAGCACCUCCCCAACGUUGGCCCUUACGCACCCACCAGCGGAAAGCUCAUCCCCUUUGGAGACAUUCAAGCCCUGGCUGAGUGUUUUGAGCAAGACGGUGACAAGCUUGCGGCGUUCAUCGUUGAACCCGUGCAGGGCUGGGCAGGCACCAUCGUCCCCCCACCUGGUUACCUGAAAGUCGUCCAGAAACUCUGCAGGAAGCACAAUGUUCUACUUGUCUGCGACGAGAUCCAGGCUGGAUACGGCCGCACCGGCAAGGACCUCUCAUUCCAACAGGAACCAGAGCUUGAGCCCGACAUGGUUACCAUGGGCAAGGCUGUAACUGGAGGUUACUACCCCAUGUCCGUCAUCAUGGGAAAGAGCAAUGUUAUGGACUUGAUCCAGAAGAGCGAGAUUCUCUCGACCUUUGCUGCCUCCCCAAUUGCAUGCGCAGCAGCCCUGGCAUCCCUAGAUGUUCUCGAAGAGGAGAAACUGGCGGAAAGAUCUGAGAGACUGGGAGAGGUAUUAAGGAAAACAAUUAAAGCCCUCAACCCCCCCUAUGUGAAGGAAUUGCGAGGCCCAGCACUCUUUCAGUCUCUAGUUCUCGACCUUUCCAUACCUGGCCUUACCCCUCGCCGGGUCUCAGCUCUUGCCAUGCACUGA